GAAAUAUGGAGGACGCGGGGGUGGUCCGUGCGUCAGAGGGUGGCCCAGCGUAUAUAAUAAGCAGCGUUAUUCAAAGCGGACUUUGAAGCCUCGCAUUGCAACCAGAUAAAACACUGCGUCACCUGCCGACCCCCCACCGCACACCUGAACCCUAUCUUCCACUCACACUCGCCCAUCCCCCCAUUCGCACACCAUGUCUGACGAGGAAGGCGGCAAGAAGACGGGAUACCGAUUGGAAUAUGCAAGCAGUGGCCGCUCGAAGUGUAAUGGCCCCCAACCAUGCAAAGGUACUCCGAUUGGGAAGGGUGAACUGCGUUUCGGUAGUCUGGUCGAUUUCAGAGGAAACACGUCCUUCUCAUGGCGCCACUGGGGCUGUGUGACUCCCACAAUCAUCGCAAACGUGAAGAAGUCGUUUGAGGAGGCAGACGAUCUGGAUGGCUACGAGGAACUCAGUGAUGAGGACCAGGACAAAAUCCGCAAGGCGUGGGAGGAUGGCAAAGUCGCGGACGAGGAUGUUCCUGACUCCGCGCGGAAGGCCGAAGGCGAGGAGGAGGAAGAGGAGGAGGAGAAACCCAAGAAGAAGGCCGGUGGUAGGAAGAAGAAAGAUGACGAUGCGGAUGGCGAGCCCAAAAAGGGUGUGUUCAAGUUGGAGUACGCAUCUUCUAGUCGCGCGAAGUGCAAAAUAUGCGCAGAGGGCAUAGGUAAAGGCUUCUUCAGAGUCGGCCAGGAAGUAGAUUUCCGCGGCCACAAAGCUGUAAACUGGGUGCACUUCGGGUGCGCUGACGCCAAAAUGCUUGCGUCCUUGAAAGCGUCGUAUGGUGAACCUUCUGAAAUCGAUGGCUUCAACGACCUCAAGCCUGCUGCCCAAGAAAAGGUCCAACGUGCAUGGGACGAUGGUGAGGUCGCAGCCGAGGAUAAGGGGAUUGGCGAGGCUGUCGAGACGGCCAAGAAGGCCGCGCCGAAGCGGAAGAAGAAGGACGAGGAUGGCGAGGAGGCCAAGCCCAAGCGCGCACGGGCAAAGAAGGCUAAGGAUGAGGACGACGAGGAAGAGGAGAAGCCGAAGCGCAAGCGCGCACCUGCGGCUGAGAAGAAGACCAAGGCUCCCGCGAAGAAGAGCAAGAAGAAGGCAAGCUCUGAGGAGUCCGGCGAGGACUUCGGUGAUCAAAUUGCCGCCGUCGCCGAUGAGCUUGACGAAGAGGAAGAGGAGGAAGAACCUGCUCCUAAGAAGCGGAGGACUGCUCCAAGCUCAAAGGCUAAGCCUGCGCCGAAGGCUAAGCCAGCGUCGAAGGCCAAGCCGGCGUCCUCUCGCGGAAGGAAGAAGGCACAAGAAUCCGAAAUCGAUGACGAUGACGACGAGUAGAUGACCUCCACGCCUCUUUCCAUACCUUGCGUAUCGUCGGACCCAUCCCCUCCGUCCAUUGUCGCUGUCGCAUCCACAGUUGCUCUGCAUCUCGUACUGCCAAGGUAUUGUAUUGACAAUGUGUAAUGCUGUUCCUCCACCCUUCUCCUGGAAUAUCCAAAUCCUCGUCUCCUCCCCGCUGCGCUGUGUUGUCACGAUCGCCAUUAUGAUAGACUCUGCGGCCGUGACGCUAUAGCUUACCUAACUUAUGUGGCUACUGUGCGUGUACCAUUAGAGAAUACCCGCCAUGUUCUAGUGAAUGAAUGCCGUGCUGAAUCCAGACCCCAAUGUGCUAUGGCGUGA